AUGGCAAAUUUGAAGGUUGUGGAAGUGAUAGAUUUGUCAAGCAAUCAACUAUCUAGUGAUAUCCCAACAAGCAUUGGUGGCCUCCAGCAUCUGAGUACUCUCAGCAUAUCUAGCAAUAGAUUACAAGGCCACAUUCCUCAAUCAGUGGGUGACUUGGUUAGCCUGGAAAGGCUGGAUCUUUCAAGUAAUAAUCUCACGGGAAUGAUUCCCAAGUCCUUGGAGAAACUCUUGCUUUUCAAAAAUUUUAAUGUGUCAUUUAAUCGACUGCAAGGAGAAAAUCUUAAUGGAGGACCAUUUGUGAAUUUCUCAGCUCGAUCUUUCAUGGGAAAUGAAGCACUGUGUGGCUCAACUCGAAUGCUAGUGCCACAAUGCCAAAGAAGUAAUCCUCAACCUUCCAAGAAGUCUCGUAUGAUUGUGCUCAGAUACAUUUUGGCAACAACUGCAUCUAUAAUAUUGAUCGUUGCCUUUGUUAUCAUCCCCAUAAGACACCAUAAACAUAAUGCUAAGCUUCCAUCUCUAGGAGAUUUGCAGCCUUUAGCUACGUGGAGAAGAAUUUCUCGCCAUGAACUGAAGGUCGCGGCAUAUGGAUUUCAGGACAGCAACUUACUGGGGAGUGGGAGUUUUGACUCAGUGUACAAAGGGACUUUAUCUGAUGGGAUGACUGUUGAAGUUAAGGUUUUCAAUAUGCAACUAGAAGGAGCAUUCAGUAGUUUUGAUGUUGAGUGUGAAGUUUUGCGCAAUCUUCGCCAUUGA